UUUGCGAUAACGGCAGCACUUUUUUUGUACCAGUAAAACCACAAAAACGAUCCUUAAACAAAUACGAAACGAUCCAUAACAUAUAUUUGCAUGUUCCACAGAAUUGAACUGAAAAUCCCUAAAAAAGCAGUAAUGAUCCAUACAAAAGUGCAAUACGAUCCAUAGUUCAUGCGAAAAGAGCAAUAAAAUUGCUUACAAGACCCCAUGAAAUGAUAUUUUUUAUGGAUCGUUGCGCAUUUGUUUAUGGAUCAUUUGGUUUGUUUUAUAUGCAAAAGGAUGUUUUCCCGCGACCGAUCAUUAUUUUACUCACAUGGAAACGAACGACCGGUGCGAAAAUGGGUGGAUAACGAAAUUAAAAAUCGUUAACGACGUGCUGAUGCGUGUGUAGUAUUAAGCCCACGAGUGGGCUUGGUCUUAAUAACUUUUUUUCUAGAUUUUUUAGCCAAGUUCUGUAAGAAGCAGUUGAAAGCUAAUAGAAAAUGGGUCAUAUUACCGCUCUCAUCUUAAAAUUUGGUGGACCCAACUUCCAGCGACACUGCCGUAAGUUUAUAUUCAUUUUUUAGAAAAUUUGGCAACUUUGGGUUAAGUUUACAUACAAUUUUUUUGAAAAAGUUUCUUUUAAAUCAUGUUCAAAGUUUCUUUGACUUAUUAUCUUUUGAAUGAAACCUAGGGCUUUGAAAUCGGACGCAAAUUGGCGGAGAUAUGGGCAAGGGCGUAGUCAGAGGGGGGCAGGGGGGGGCCGUGGCCCCCCCCUGACCGAGCAACUAUAUUUUAACUUAACCGAAAAACUUUGAUGAUCAGAGCUGUUUUUGACUUGUAAAAAUAAAAUUCUCCUGCAUCCUCGUAUUUUUUUAAUGUAUGCAGGAAUUCCUUCGGACAUUCAUGGAGGAAUAUCUUCGAAAAUUCCUGAGGGUAUUCCUUCGGAAAUACCUGGAGGAAUUCCUUUGGAAAUUCCUGGAGGAAUCCCUUCGCAAAUUCCUGGAAGAAUUCCAUCGGAAAUUCCUGAAGGAAUUCCUUCGGAAAUUCCUUGGGCUAUUCCUUGGAAAAAUCUUGGAUGAAUACUUUCGGAAAUUCCUGGAGGAAUUCUUUCAGAAAUCCAUAGGGAAAUUCGUGAGGAAAUCCUUAGGUGAAUUCCUUACGAAAUUCCUGGACAAAAUAAUUCCAAACUUCCUGGAGGAAUGCUUUUGGAAAUUCCUGGAGAAUUGCUGGACGAAUGUCAUCAAAAAUUCCUGGAGGAAUUCCUUCGGAAUUACCAGAAGGAUUCCUUCGGAAAUUCCUGGAGGAUUUCCUUCAGAAAUUCCAGGAGGAAUUCCUUCGGAAAUUCCAGGACGAAUUCCUUCGAAAAUUCCUGGAGGAAUUCUUUCGGAAAUUCCGGGAGGAAUUCCUUCAGAAAUUGCUGGACGAAUUUCAUUGGAAAUUCCGGGAGGAAUUCCUUCGGAAAUUCCUGCAAUAAUUUCUUCGGCAAUCACUGGAGGAAUUCCUUCGGAAAUUGCUGGACGAAUUCCUUUGGAGCUUCCCGGAGGAGUUCAUUCGGAAAUUCCAGGAGAAAUUCCUUUGGGAAUUCCUGGAGAUUUUUUUUCGGCAAUUCCUGAAGGAAUUCCAUCGGAAAUUGCUGGACGAAUUCCAUUGGAAAUUCCUGGAGGAAUUCCUUCCAAAAUUCUUGGAGGAAUCCCUUCGCAAAAUCCUAGAAGAAUUCCUUCGGAAAUUUCUGGAGAAAUUCCAUCGGAAAUUCCUGAAGGACUUCGUUCGGAAAUUACUGGAAGAAUUCCAUCGAAAAUUCCUUGGCGAGUGUCGCGACCGGGCAGCCAAGGGCAGGGAGUGUUAUGCUCCAGCCGGAACCGCGUUCGCCGCGUUUGA